ACAAUGAAAUCACUUGUUGCUCCCAAAUGCAAACAUACUCUUCUCCACAAUAGCUAGGGUUCUUCAUUACAUUUUGUUUGUCUCCCAUUUAAAGUGCAAAAGAAUUUAAACUUCUUUUUGAAUUGCUCACUGUUUAUCAGUAAAAUUAUUGCUAUUGUUUGCCAUCUUUCUUUAAUUAUGGUUCCUUUGAAGAAGAAAUCAAGGAAGAAGGAUUUGAAGAAACUAAAGAAGAAAACCAGGACUGUAAAUGUUGUUCCAAUUGAAUCCAGAGCCAUUGAAUCUGAUUGGUGGGAUAGCUUUCGCCAUAAAAGCUCCUCUUCUCCAGGUUUAACAAUACCUAAUGAUGAAGAAGAGGCAUUUAAGUAUUUCUUUAGGGUGUCAAAGAAAACUUUUGAAUAUAUAUGUUCAUUAGUAAGAGAGGAUUUGAUAUCAAGACCACCCUCGGGGUUGAUUAACAUUGAGGGGAGGCUUUUAAGUGUUGAGAAGCAAGUUGCAAUUGCAAUGCGGAGGUUGGCUUCUGGGGAUUCGCAGGUUUCGGUUGGGGCUUCAUUUGGGGUUGGUCAGUCCACUGUUUCACAGGUCACUUGGAGAUUCAUCGAGUCAUUGGAGGUUCGUGCUAAGCAUCAUAUUAAGUGGCCUGAUGAGGACCGUUUAGAGGAGAUCAAAUCAAAAUUUCAAACAUUGUUUGGGUUGCCCAAUUGCUGCGGAGCAGUAGAUGCUACUCAUAUUCUUAUGACUCUUCCGGCUGUUCAAACUUCUGAUGACUGGUGUGAUGAGGCCAAUAAUUAUAGCAUGAUGCUCCAGGGAAUUGUUGACCAUGAGUUUCGUUUUCUUGAUGUUGUUACUGGUUGGCCUGGGGCAAUGACCGUGUCUAGAUUUUUGAAGUGUUCUGGGUUUUACAAGCUGUGUGAAAAUGGGGAGCGACUAAGUAAAGGCUUACGAUUAGAUGAUGUAGAGCUCAAGGAAUACAUAGUUGGUGGAGCUCACUACCCUCUUCUUCCAUGGCUCAUUACCCCUUAUGAAAAUCAAGAAUGUUCAGCCCUUGAUUCAAAAUUUGGAGCAGCGCAUGAGGCUGCCAGGUUACUUGCUGUAAGGGCGUUAUCACAUUUGAAAGGAAGUUGGAGGAUUCUUAGCAAGGUCAUGUGGAGGCCUGACAAGAGUAAGCUUCCCAGUAUCAUCCUAGCUUGUUGUUUGCUUCACAACAUAAUGAUUGAUUUUGAUGAUAAUUCACUCUUUGAUAACUCCUUUUCCGGUCAUCAUGACUUGGGUUAUGAAGUAAAACCAUGUAUGUAUGUUGAUACUUUAGGGAAAACCAUAAGAGAUAGUAUAACUAAAUAUAUGCAGCUCAAAUAGACGAGGUAGUAGUAGUUGGCUGUAUAAGUAUGUCUAUGUUUUCAGUUUUUCUGUUAUUGUUGUUUUGGGCUUCAUUGAAGUUCACAAAUCAGUUCUUAUGUCACUAGGUUAUGCAAUGCACAAUACAUCAUUUUGCUGUAAUUUUUUUCUUAGAUUUGAGUACCAUGAAUUCUUUUGGAGAAUUUAGCUCAUAACCUCUCUUAGUCUCUUACUGCGUCUUACUUCGGUUGUUAAUUGUUUCUUUGAUAGAAGAUAGAACCCUUGAUUGUAGGCUAAUGAUAUUUUUAAACUUGACAAGUCAACUUAUCAAAAUGCUUGUUUUAGAAGCAGAAAUAUUGGUUACCAUUUCUUAGGUAAUGGAAAAUGUUAGGCUGUACGAAGUAUGGUUCUCAUUUACUUGAGCUAAUCAUCAACCAAUUUAGCGUUUUUCUAGUAUCAUGCUGCUUAUUGGAUUAGAGUUUUCUAUUUUUUUCUCUUCUUUUAAGAAACUAAUUCGGAAGGGCCAAUGAGUUAAGCCUAGAUAAAAUAAGUUCAGGAAAAUGUAGGGUGAUGGAUAUAUGAACUACAACUACAAGGUCAAACAAGAUAAUUCAGGUAUAUCAAUUGGCCAUCAUAAUUUUGGAAAUCGAAUUGCAGCAUGCUUGAGGUAUUUGAUAUUUUGGGGAGAAUAGUAGGAGAUACUUUCGCGUCACGGCUGAUUAGUCCCCCAAACCUGCAGAUACUUGUUCUUCAAGAAAACACUUUUGUUGCAGCCUUGGUAACUGAAGUCUGGUUUUGAUUUCUGAGCUCUGCAGAUCAUUGCCUUGUCGGCUGUCACACAAUUUUCAUAUGGUUGAAUCAUUUACCAUAUGCUAUCUGGGAAAUUGGUUUGUUAAGUAAAGAACAAAGGAAAAGCUGCUUGAUGUUUCUUUUACAAUUAUUCCUUCAUAUUUAGUGGUGAUCCGUACAUAUUAAGACCAGAUCACUUUAAAAAUUCAAGGCCUUGAUCAAAAGUUGUUGACGAAGGCAUCAACUGCUUACCGUGCUGAUUUUUCAAGCAACCGCUUACACGCAAUAUUCUAAGUUCCAUUGGGUAGUUGAGGUGGCUUCAAGCUCUUAAACUAUCAAAUUACAGUUCUAAUCGCAACAUCACUGCAUCUCAAACCAACAUUUUAAGACCUUACAUCCUUGAUCUUGCUAACAUCAAAUUUUCAUGGUAGACCUCCUAGACUCCCACUGACACAAUUAACAUCCCUUGAGGUGUUCAGUGUGUCUCACCAUCAGCUUAAGUGCCACAACCAGUUCGAUGCUUUUGACAAUGGCUCUUAUUCUGGGAUCAUGCGAUUAUGUGGAAGUCCACCUUCUGAUUAAAUGUGGAAAUGCCAAAGGAGCACCUGAAAAGGACAACUGCGACUUGAUAGUUUAGAAUCUUGGUCAUUGGAGUUUUUGCCUUGCAUCAGCAGAUUCGCUGUUCGCUUUAGAAUUUUAUCACCGACAAGAAUCAUGAAUAGUUUAUGAAGAGUUUUGGAAUGAGGAGGCCAAGGGAAAGGGCCUUGACUUGCUUCAAUAAUGUCUAGAAUUUGAGAUGCUUCUGCACUUUCAUCCUAGAAGUCAUCAAUAUGCUGCUUUCAGGUAUGUAGAUCCCUUUUAAUGCAUUUAACAUCUUUUAUCUUUCUCGAGUUGGGGGACUUCUUUGGUCGCGCUCUCCUUUAUGGGUAUGAGUUGCCGCCGCCCUUCUCUCCCUAGACCCUGUUUAUAGUUUUUCUGUGAGCGAGAUACACAGGGUAGGAUAUGGGUAGGAUGAUGAUGUCUUUGAACUCAGCGAUCUGCCUCUAUUGACUGUAUAUACUACCCCUUUUUCUUAAGUGUAUCCUUUCUCCCAAACCAAGUUUUUGAAGAACUGAUGGACUUUAAUAAAUAACAGAGGAAGUAUGUUGUAAGCUUGUGGUGAGGUCUGUAAAUAACAAACACCCUAGGUUGCUAUUGUUGGUCUGUUCUAUAUUGUCAGCUUGUAGCAAGGAUGACGGUGGAAGCAUGUAGCAAGCUUGUAUAAAGGGUUUUGCUAUUGUGUUAUGGUUAUCCUUUUGAUUAUUCACUUGAUUAGUUCAUGAGUAUAUAAUAUAUAUGACAAUCACACGACAUAUGAACUGGUGCGCAAGUGACAAAAAAAUUUCAAGUUCUGUUUUAGUGAAAAACCUCCUUUCCCUUGAGGGCCUGAGACAGUUUAUUAACAAAAAUCUCAGCCUCAAGAAUUCAUUUCAGCUUUUGCUGAUAAACCAUACUAUUGUAAUAUCAAAAAGGAGAUGGUUUAUAGUUCAUAAUAGCAAACCAAGCACAUAGUUCUACAUUUUCAGUCUGCAAAAUGGGCGGUAGGUGCGGAUACUUCCUCUCCAUACCCAUACCAAUACCCACCUAAAAUUACCCAGUACCCAUGGUAUGUGAAAAUUUUCACACUCACAUAUGUCCAUGUGCAUAUGUAUUCAACCUCAUUAGAUCCUUGGGUUGCAUCUCUGGUUUUGCAGGCUGUGAACAAGAUCCCUUAAUACUUAAUAGAUAUAACAUAUUAUGAGGCCUCAACCAUCGGCUUAAUCUUUUUGGUUGAGAUGGUUCCUUGACAUGGUAUCAGAGUCAGAGUGAUAAAAGAUCACGGAUUCGAAUCUCAACCACCCCUCAUCUAAAGUGAAAUAUUUAGCACCAUGUAUGAGGAGAACAUGUGUUGCAUCCACACUUCUAAGUUCUCGUAUAAAGGGUGUGUUAGAAUAUAUAACAUAUCUUAGGGCCUCAACCAUCAGCUUAAGCUUUUGGUUGAGUUAGUUCCUUUAACAAUAAACAUUAGUCGAGUCCUUCUCUAUCGUGUAAGCUUGUAGCUGUCGUCUAUGAAUAAUGUAUUCCAUUUUGGAGGAUCUUGAACCCCUUCAUUGUUUUCUCUUGUAGAUAGAUUGUAGGAAAACUGUAUUCAACCUCGCUGUUUGCAGCAUCAUUGGGACAAGCUUUCUGUUCUCUUUUAGAACUUCUGGACAGUCACAAACUGUCAUGUGUAUGUUAGUUUUCAUAGGAUAUUUGCAUGGUGAGGCGAGCUGUUGGUUCUUCGUUGAGCCGAACUGGUUUGGAUAACUCUCCCAUUUAACAGAGCUUUUAUUUUCCUUGUUUGUAUCCCAUAUCC